CAAAUUGUUCCGACAGCGACGAACAGUUUUCUUCUAACAUUCGAGGAGUGAACUUAUGUGAGAAAUGUUACCAGUUCUUAAACAGACAUGGACAGUGUCAGCAAUCCUACUGAACAUGCUCGCUCAGGGCAUGCUGUUAAGUUACACGAGCAGUCUGCUGCCGGCGUUACGAGCUCCGGACUCCGAUAUUAAGAUAGACCUCAACACAGCAUCCUGGUUAUCGUCGUGUGUUGGACUAUCUGGAAUCCCUGGCUUCUUUAUAUCAGCAUUUCUGAUGAAUUGGAGAGGACGGAAGCAAGCGCAUGCUAUAGUUCUAAUACCUGGCCUUAUAGGCUGGUUAAUUAUGUACUUUGCUAAUAACGUCACAACAUUAGCGAUCGGCAGGGUUCUAGGUGGAUUCACCGCAGGUGCUACAGUUUCCUUAGGAGCUGUAGUUAUAGGAGAAUAUACGUCUCCUAAUAACAGGGGAACGUUUUUAAAUUUAAAAACUGCUAGUGUUUGUUUAGGUGGUUUAGUAAUCCACAUUCUAGGAACGUUUUAUCAUUGGAGAACCGUAGCACUGAUGGCUAUGAUUCCUUAUUCUAUUUCCUUAGCUAUAAUCUGCACUUGGCCAGAAAGUCCAGCUUGGUUGGCGUCGAAAAAGAAAUACGAAAGCAGUGAAAAGGCAUUCUAUUGGCUAAGGGGUGAUAGUGAAGAAUCAAGAAAAGAAUUACACGAACUAAUACAAUCACAGAAAGAGAAGCCAGUGGCUACAAAAAAGAUGACAGUGAGAGAUAAUUUAAGGGAGAUUUUGUUGAAAUUCACAAAGAAAGAUUUCAUCAAACCGUUGAACAUAAUUAUUAUUAGUGGGAUACUUAUUGAAGCUUGCGGUCGACAUGUUUUUCCGGCGUACGCGUCACAGAUUAUUUCAGAAGUGACAGGCGAUACUUCCCAAUCGUUCUAUUAUACUUUGGCAAUAGAUAUAAUAAUUACUGGAAGCGCUACUUUCUCAUCUGUAUUAGUAAAAAUUUAUAAACGCCGUACAUUAUUAUUUACAUCUGGUUUUUCUGCUUUAUUCGUAUUAAUAUGCGUUUGUACAUAUCUUUAUCUUCAAUCUAAGGAUGUAAUAUCUAGAGGUAAUUCUAUAAUUCCUAUAGCUUUGUUUGUUAUAUAUUUUGUAACGGUUAAUUUAGGUUGUACUGCGAUACCUUUGUCUUUGUAUGGAGAAGUGUGGCCACUGUCACAUAGGGACGCGGGCACGGCUAUUUCAGGUCUUGUGUUAUCUCUUGCAGUUCUCAUUGGAUUGCAAGUGACACCUCAUUUGUUAGAAAGCAUCAAAGUUUACGGAACUUUUGCUGUUUUCGGUUCAGUAAUGGGUUUGAGUCUAGUGAUAUUCUAUUUCAUUUUACCAGAGACGAAAGAUAGAACACUGCAAGAGAUUGAGGAGUACUUUACCUAUGGCAGAUAUAGGGAUGAACUUAAUUCAAAAGAGGCUAAAAUGGUCAAUGAGAAAUUGUUGAAAUUUUCAGAUUCCGAUAAACAUAAAAAUAACGACAAGGAUAUAGAAUCGAAAUUGUAAAUAAUAAUGAGAAUACGAAUACAAUUUAAUUGUUAUAAACAAUAAGCCCGAUUGAUAAAAAACAUAUAGAAAUCUGCAAAAGGAAUUAGGACACUUUAGUGUUAUCUACGAGUAUAUCUCGAAAUUCGACUGCUGCGACAUUUGCAUUAGAAAUUAUUGUUUUUUUUUAACGCACAAUAGUAACGUUACAUUUGGUCGUAUCUUCAAAAUAUUGUGUAGUUAUCGACGUUACAUGGUGUAACAUUCGCUCAUUGCUCGUUACUACUCACUGAUUACAAUGCCCGCCAUGUAAUACAUUAUAUCGUGUAUCAUCGGCGUUUCAAGAAAACGGACUAUCGACAGUUCUAGUCUAUAAAAAUAUGCGAAGAAAUCGUAUGAACGUUUUCAUAAUAAAAAAGUUAAACCUUGUAAUAGUUUAUUUUAUCUGAAGAAGGAAUACUGAUAGAUAAAUACAAGGAUAUUUUAGUAAUCUGUGAUUGAAAGUGAUGUAAUCUAA